GAGCGCUGGCACCAGACGAACGCGACACAUUCUUUUUCCUGACGCAAACCGAGGCAUCAAACACGCCGUCAAACUCUCAAAAGAUAUCGCCAUCUAUUCCGUAGCCAGCCUGAGAGGAUUGUCAUUAAGGCUGCGGCUAUUGCGUAUUCUUCCAACUGCCCCUCUGACGGGCCCUGGUUACCGGGAAUCAAUUGCCCAGGGUACCCAAGGUAGCCGACUUCAAAAUGACGGACCGUUUGCCGCCUAAUCUUCUUGCGCUUUUCGCGCCGCGACCUCCUUUACGCUACCUACCACCAUCGGAUGCACCGGCGCAUGAACGCAAAACAGCUACAAUUACUGGUCUCGCUCAGUAUAAGCAAGCCCUCGAGGACUACAAGGACAAGGACAAUUAUGUGCCGACGGAGAGCUGGCUGCAGAGACGGGAUAGGAAAAAGCUGGAGCACGAAAAGGAGAUCGCUCUCAAGUUGAAGGAAGGCCCGGCCAAAUACAAGCCGCAGGACGAUCCCAACAUCCGUGGCGAUGCCUUCAAAACCUUGAUUGUUGCCCGGCUGAGCUAUGAUGCCAACGAGCAGGACCUCGAGAGAGAAUUUGGCCGAUUUGGCACCAUUGAAAGAAUCCGGAUUAUCAAGGACACUCAUGCUCAUGAGAAGGGUAACAAGAAGCGAAAGCCGCACCGCGGUUACGCAUUCGUCGUUUUUGAACGCGAAAAGGACAUGAGAGCUGCUCUCGAGGGAUGUGAUGGCAUUAGAAUCAAGGACCGCCGCAUCAAGGUCGAUGUUGAGCGUGGACGUACCGUUGAAGGCUGGAAGCCCCGCCGCCUGGGUGGCGGCCUUGGCGGUCGUAACUACACCAAGGCCAUGCCCUCACAGCCCAUGGGCCGCGGCUUCGGUGGUGAUGGCUUCCGAGGUGGUUUCGGUGGCGGUAGGGGUGGGUUCAGGGGUGGGUUCGGUGGCCGUGGAGACCGCGGCGGUUUCCGCGGUGGUGGUGGCCGUAGCUUCUCCGACCGUGGUUUCGGAGGUGGCUUUGGAGGAUCUCGCGGUGGCGACCGAGGAGGAGACCGCGGAGGAGACCGAAACGGAUUUGGUGGCCCGCCGCCUAACGCGCCUGGCGGACCCGGAUCCUACGGUGGUAGGGACAGCGGACGCGACAGCCGCGAUUCAAGGUUUGGUGGAGACCGCAGAGGCUUUGACUCUGGAGGUGGUGGACGCUCUUAUGACGACAGAUCCGGCGGCGGCGGAGGUGGCUUCCGCGACAACAGCCGACGAACUGGCAGCAACAUGGAGCCGAUCCGCCCCAGAGAGAAUGGUGGGUAUCGCGACCGCGACCGUGAUCGGGAUCGGGACCGUGACCGUGACCGAGACUACGACAGACCUAGGGACGACGACCGAAAACGCGGCUACGAGGGUUCCUACGACGACCCGCGCAAGAUUCGUCGCUACUAAUCGGAGUAGGACCUGCUCUAUUACUCUGUCCUGCAGUGGACACGGUGGGUGUCACCAGUCACUGAUCGCGCAGUUUGCCUGUCCCCGGCCCAUCAACCUGGACUGUUUUUCCCUACCUACGGCUCUAUUGUCAAGGGUAAGAGUGAAAACUGCAGCGUAUCCAGGGUGAAACUUUAUGUUUCGACAGUCAACAAGGUGUCCCGGAUCUCUCGAAAUCCUUAAGAGGUAACGAACGCCCCAACAUGUAUACAUGUACUGGUACAGCACAGCCUGGGACGUUCGCCACUUCUGCGCACCAUCACCAGGCGCUUUGUCAUACACGUUCCCCUGGCUUCAGGCUGGCUUCGGUUUGAUCAGAAACGGCUAUCAGACAACAAAAACUGGCGAUAAACCCUACAACACUGCAAAGGUCGGUUGAUAGCUCCAUAAGAACGUCUCAAACAAAUGCAGCCCUCCGGAUCUUGCACCGCAACAGACACUCUCGCAAGCUCAGGCUUGGUCGCAGGAGGUAACAUAACCCUUUGCAUUUGGCCUCGAUUUUUCUCUAAUUGUGUUACAUAGCUUCUUCUUUCAUCUCAUGCCCAGGUGUCAGUCGGGUGUUGGUGUUACAGUACGAGUGUAGGAACUAGAUAUUUCUUUUUUUCUUUUUUUCUUUUUUUAUUUGGGCGAUGUUGGGGGUAAGUAGGCACGGCGAGUUUAAUGCUGAACAAAAAAAGUACUACGUUUCUACCAGCUACACAUUGUAAAAUCAAGACCUGCGAGGGCAACUUUUGCACCAGCGGUAAGCAGCGGGCUAAUUCGUCAGUAGAAGC